GUCUUAUAAACAGACACAGAGUUCUCUCUUUCUCAAGAGUCAAGUCAAGAACACUAAUUAUGUUAUGGCAUUCUUGUUGUUCAUGUUUUACAUUGUUGUUGGAACAACAACAGCCACGCCCACAGAAAAUAACUGUCCAGAAGAUUUAACAUGUGGAAAUCAAGUUAUCAAAUUUCCUUUUCAAAUCAAAAACCACAAUCCAAAUCCAUCUUUCUGCGGCUAUCCAGGUUUUGAUUUAUUUUGUUCAUCAAAUAAGGAAACUAUGAUUGAACUCCCUCAUAAAGUGAAACUCAAGGUCAAGAACAUCGACUACACAAACCAAACUAUUGAACUAUCCGAUCCACAAGGUUGCCUAUACAUACAGUUCCACAACCUUAAUCUUUCAUCUUCUCAUUUCAAGCAAGUAUCCGAUACACGGUACUUCUACGAUAAAGUUGAUAGCUAUCACUUUUUUAAUUGUUCACUUUUGAUUAGAGAUGAUGAUAUGGAUUCCUAUUUGGUUCCGUGUCUAAGCACUUCAACCUCUCAAACAUACGCUAUCCCUGCUUAUGAACCUAUCAAAUUCUUUCCUCUCACGUUUUGCACCAAAAUGUAUAAUGUUUCAGUAAUGGGCCCUUCAUAUUCCGGAACUAUUCCAAAGAAAAAUUUUCUUCGUUUGAAGUGGUCUGAGCCUAAUUGUAAACACUGUGAAUCAGAAGGAAAAAGAUGUGACUGGAAGAAUACUACUAGUAAUAGUACCAACAAGGAAGUAUAUUGUUUUGCCAAAAACAACAAUAAAGGUUCUUCAACUACCCUAGUCAACACAGGAUCAAUUUUAGGUUCGUUAUUUUUUGUCUUGUUGACUGGUGCAAUCUACCAUAUUUAUGACUCUUACAUACAAAAGAAAGAAAAACAAGCCAUUAUAGAAAAGUUUUUAGAAGAUUAUAGAGCUCUUAAGCCCACAAGAUACUCAUAUGAAGAAAUUAAAAGAAUCACAAAUAAUUUUGGCGACAAGUUAGGACAAGGUGCCUAUGGAACUGUAUAUAGAGGAAGCAUUUCAAAAGAAAUCAUUGUUGCUGUGAAGAUACUAAAUGUUUCACAAGGAAACGGGCAAGAUUUCCUCAAUGAAGUUGGUACAAUGGGUAGAAUCCAUCAUGUUAAUAUUGUUAGAUUGGUCGGUUUCUGUGCUGAUGGAUUUAAAAGAGCUCUUAUUUAUGAAUUUUUACCAAAUGGUUCGCUCCAGAAGUUCAUUAAUUCACCAGAAAACAAGAAAAACUUCCUUGGUUGGAAAAAGUUGCAUGAAAUUGCUUUAGGUAUAGCUAAAGGAGUUGAGUAUCUUCAUCAAGGUUGUGACCAACGCAUCGUCCAUUUCGAUAUCAAACCACAAAAUGUGUUACUUGACCAUAACUUUAUUCCAAAGAUAUCUGACUUUGGUCUAGCUAAAUUAUGUUCAAGGGACCAAAGCAUAGUGUCAAUGACAGCAGCUAGAGGAACUUUGGGCUACAUUGCUCCAGAAGUUUUCUCAAGGAACUUUGGAAAUGUGUCUUACAAAUCAGAUGUUUAUAGUUAUGGAAUGAUGUUGCUUGAAACAAUAGGAGGGAAGAAGAUAACAGAGGACUUAGAGGAAAACAGUAGUCAUGUUUACUAUCCGGAGUGGAUUUAUAAUCUUAUAGAUGAUCAAGAGGAAAUGAGAAUACAGGUUGACGAUGAAGGGGAUGAAAAAAUUGCAAGGAAAAUGGCCAUUGUGGGAUUAUGGUGCAUUCAGUGGCAUGCUAUGCAUCGACCAACAAUGCAAAUGGUGGUUCAGAUGUUGGAGGGAGAUGUCGACAAAACUCCAAUACCUCCAAAUCCUUUUGCUUCUCAAUCUAGACAACCUAGGAGAAAUGGCGGAGCUAAAAUUACUAGACAACUAACUCAAGAGUUGGAUGUAAUUCAAGAGUUAGAUUGACUUACAAUUGUAAAAUAUGUGCCAGAAUCAGCUUUUGUCUGAUUUAUAAAUAGCUUUUGAACCAUAAUCAGCCUGCUUUCUCUCACUCCCACACAUAAAUUCGUACAUAUUGUGUAUAACUGUAGCUUAUAUAUAAAAUAUUUGAACAACAAUGUAUAUGUUGUUUGUAUGGA